AUGGAUAAGAAUAAUUAUACCAAUGAGGCACCUCCCAAUGGCAUCAUUCUGUUUUGGUAUGUAUACUUAAGAGAUGAUCAUUCUCUUACUACUACUACUACUGCCACUGAACGAAUGAUAUGGAUUCUUGACUGACUGAUAAUGAUGCUUCUUUCUUAGGUAUCAUGCCUCGCCCUAUGGACGUACGUAUAGAGAAACAACCAAACACAUGGAAUGCCAGAGUCGGCAGCGCUAAUUCAUAGAGGGUGAUCCCGACAGGACGAGUCAAAUGGUACCUGACGCUACGCAAGAUCGCACAUGCAGAAUGUGUAAGUUUGUUCCACAUCAAAAAGAUGAUGGCUCAUCGAGGAAGAUAUAAUAUCCCCCCAUGGAAACACCUGCAGAGCUAAUAUGGAAAUCUGAUACAGAUUCAACCACCAAUGCUCCCUCGCCCGGACCUCGCGGCGUUGGGCGUCACGUACCGUCGGAGUCCCGUGAUGAGCAUCGGUCGGGAUAUUUACUACGACACCCGACUGAUCAUCGCAAAGCUGGAGGAACGGUUCCCUUCUUCGGAUCAGCACCCGGGCUUAUCGUCGCGGGAGACGGUGGGGAUGGCCGCGUUACUACAGAAGUGGGUGGUGGAGAAUAUGUUCCGUGAAGCUGUCAAGUGUAUCCCGCAGGACUUUGCGUUGCUGAAAGACCCCACGUUUCAGAAAGAUCGAGCUGGGUUCUUUGGGCCCGGGUGGAGAGUCGACGCCAGCUCGUAUAGCGAAGGUUUGGUGAACAUGAGGCACUUCUUUGGCACGGCUGAGAGUCUGUUCGCCGACGGGAGACAAUGGGUCGCGGGUACGAAAGAGGUUUCUCUGGCGGAUCUGGAAGGUACGUACGUGAUGAGAGUUUUGAUAUUGGGCACCGCGAACCGGCCGCACGGUACAGACGCUGAAGCCACCUACCGACAGGUAUCUGGGUCUUCGAUUGGUUCCUGAACGACUUGCGGCCCAAACCGGAGUACUUUGGCGAGGAUCGAUACCCAAAGGUCCAUGAAUGGCGGAGUCGCUUCCGGCAGGCACUGGCAACAGCGCGAGAGCAAGCACCCCAAACCGUGUCGCUCAAGGGACCCGAUGCCGUGAGUCUCGUCACCCAAGCCGCCUUCUCCGACCAGGAUCUGGUGGUGGACAGCACGGAUCCGAUGCGCCUGCAGGAUGGUGCUAUGGUCGAGCUAUUUCCAACCGACGGGGGUGGUUUCACGCAUCAGGUGAUCAAUGCAGUCCGAGAUUUACAUGUCGCGCUCGCAGCUGACGGUAUCGCAGGAUCGCGGACGGCUCGUGAAGCUCAGCCCAGAUGAGGUCGCUCUGGCUGUGCAGUCGGCGGGCGGCGAGGAGAUGCAUGUCCAUGCGCCUCGGUGGCAGUUUCGAAUUCGUGCCAUUGAUGGCGCCAGACUUUGA